AUGGUUCAGAAACACCGAACAGAGAUUGGAUAUAUAUCAAAACAUGGCUUCGAGCAAGUAUUGCAAGAAGGCAGAAAUUCAGAAAAAAAAGUUCGAUAUCUGCAAUCUGAUGCAACUCCUUUAUCUGAUGAUAAUAUACAAGAUAUCAUUAAUGCUAGAAAUUCGAUAAAACAUGCAUCAGAAGCUAUGGCAAGCAAAUACAAAAUAUCAACAAGGCGUGUAUAUCAAAUAUGA